UGUCACUGUCCAUGGAACCGAAACUGACACCAGCUCGUGCCCGAGCCAUGUUGACGGACCUUCUGGCUGGCUUCAGCUCUAAGAGCUUCCAGCGCAAACUAGAUGUCCUUUUCAGUGCACAAGCUGGACAGAAUCGGGCUGCAAAGGACCUGCUCUACGUACCAGGACGAACUGAAUUGGCUCUAUCUGUACAGCGUGAGGUGCUGCCUCGAUAUGGCUUCGAUGGUAGCGAAUAUGGCGUAGCUCAAAUGCUGGAGGCCAUCCAACCCUUGCUUGCCAAAGACAGCCGCCUCGUCGAACAGUCUGAGGCCAUCCGGCAAAAGUUGCGGAUAGAAGUGCAGGUGGAUGAAUGCGCCGAUGAGGUCAAUGCAAGACACCUGACACGGGAGAAGGCCUUGGCUCUGCAGAAUGAUCUCCUGUUUCAGUUCCGGAACCCGGAUGUCCAGAUGAAAUUGUCCACAAUGAGGACAGAGGACGAUCUGGACCAGCGUGAACAGUAUAUCAAUGAUGUCAAGAUGAGCUUGUUGCCGCAGUAUGGCUUCCCUGCUGACAGUAGCGGUUUGCAGAUGAUGACAGAGGCUCUGAAGGAGUGGGAGUGGGAUGAUGAGAUGCGAAGCUUAAGGACUACGGAGGGGGAUCUGCAGAAGGGCUUUCAGCGCCAGGACACUGGUAGCACCGUGGAUUCGGAGAAUGGCUCAGGUUCUGGUGAUGAAGAUAUCAUCAGCAAGGAAGACAUCAUGCAACUGCUACAGGAGCUUCUCUCAGGCUUCGAAUCUCCAGGAUUUCAGUGGAAGUUGUCUCUCUUGAAGGGUAGAGGACUGGACCCAUUCGAUGGAAUUGAGG